AUGCUUGUCUCGCUAGAGCAAGAGGCCGACGAUGGCGAUGGCGAUGGCGAUGGCGAUGGCAAGCCCAAGUUUGGUGACGCUGUUCCGGCCUCUCUCAAGGAACCCCGCAACUCCUACAGCUUUCACAGUUACGCGGCUUCGAUCAGUCUGAAGAGCUUCUCGCAACUCCCAUUACUUGGGCAGGAUCGCUCAGCCAGACUGCUACAUGAUCUCAGGCGCAACGUGCUGGUAUCCGCAAAACCGCAUGUCUUCGUCUUGAUGAGCUGUGUCGAAAUAUCUGCAAGCGGUCAGUUACUUGUAGUCUCCAAAAGGAUCUUGCUCCUUGUCAACUCAGUCAAAGCCGCAGCGAAGCUUGGCAUUCGCGCGCUGAUUGGGAAGGCAGCGGUGCUAUGUACAACCGCGUCUGUCGCCACGACCCCGAGCUUCAACGUCAUCCGUCAAUCUCACGCCGUGUUCUUGGAAGGAACUGGACGCGCCAGCAAUGCCGAGAUUGCUGGCUUCUUCAGCCACUUCUGGGACGCCUGUCUACGAAUGUUCAUCGGCUCCGUAAACCAAUUGGGUCCGGCUGCAUUUGGUCAGAACAACGAGAACCCGUUCGCGAAGCAGCUGACUUUAUCAACUCCCCUUCGAUGGGCUGCCGCGGACCUCGAGAUGAAGGAACUCAACCAGACAUCUCGAUUCAAGAACUCAGCGCUGCUAGAAAACUUCUCAAGCCUCCCGGCAGAGAUGAAGACCAACAUCUUCGCCUCCGUACGCGACAAAGCCACCAAUGCAGCCGUUCGUCUCGUCAACCACGAAUGGCGAGACAUCAUCACGCCAAUGGCUUUUUCGAACCUUACGAUAGCGUCGAAUAAUAUCACCCCAGAGAUGCUGAACACAAUCCUCGAGCCUGGGAACGGCGUCAUACCCCACGUAAAAAGUAUCUACAUCGCCCGCGUUGGCACCGAGAAGCUGUACGGCGCAUGCGACUAUUCCACGCAGAUGCUACUCAUGGCAAUCAUCAACGAACUUCCCAAGGAGGCACUGUGUGCUCUAGCUGGGGAAGUCAAUUUACCCACAGGGAUUUUGUUGCAUUUGCUGCAGCAUCAGACGAAGCUGAAGCGGCUCGAUGUUCUUUUCAAUCUGGGGCUUGGUACUUCUAACGUAAGCUACGCACACGGAGCUCACAAAUCGUGGAUAUCCUCUCGGCUUGCGAGCAUCGAGUCGCUCACCGUGAUGCCCGAUGACAUGGGCAGCGAACAAUGCAAGGCGGCUGAACUACUCGUGCGCAGCGCUCCGAAUCUCAAAGAACUCAGGAUUGUGACACGUCCUGGUUGCCUCAGUCUAAUGGCGUAUCCUGACCGCCCAGAUGCACGACCAGACUGGACCGUCUUCGGAGGGCCGUUUGAAAGUGGCAGUGCGCCUCCUCGACUCAAGUUAUCACGGAUGAGCCUGGAGCAGGUGGUCUUGGAGCGAAGAGCUGCAGCUCUAAUGCAGGGCAACGUCGACUUAUCCAAACUCAAAUGUCUUCAGCUCGUGGAUUGCGAGAGCAUCGUCGAUCUCAUGACAGUACUUGCGCCCGUUUGCAACCUCACUGAGUUGAACAUCACGAUGGCUCGGAAUUCUUCUCCACUGGAAUACACCAUACGAGCUGUCGAAGCACUCCUCAACCCCUUCAACAGCCUGGAAAAGCUUUGGCUCGACAUGGCAGACGGACGCUUGGUCGAUGUAUCUUGUAUCGUCCGCCACACCUCCCUCCGCCAACUCGGCAUAGACGGCCAGAUUACAGACCGCGUACCCUUCUACCCCCCGAAGGAUCUGGAAAAAAUACUAAAAUCACUCCCCUAUCUCGAAGGCCUCGCCGUACACUUCCCCCGCCAAUCCCUCCACCCGAUCCGAGAUCCCAACCCACUCUCUUAUCUAGUGCCAGACCGGCCCGGCUCCGACAUGGUAUUCGACCAGAAGACUUAUCUGACCCAUAUCGCCACACACCCCCAUCUGAAACACCUCCGCCUCCUAUCCCCACCGGAUAUCCACUAUACCCGCGACAACUUCCCGCCACAUCGUGAGCCCGACGCCUUCGGCUUUGCUGUACUGGACGAGAUGGUUAUGCAGCACUAUACAGCACAGAUGCUGUACCAUCUGAGCAGUUCAGGCUCGCGAGUACAAGUUCUGGGUAUUUCACCAGGUGCAAGCCAUAUCGUGGAGAAAACGGGGCUGGAAGAUGGGAAUGGCCAUUCUUGGCCGGAGUAUUGGUAUAGAAAGGGAAGAGAUUGUGGUGACGGCGAGAGCGGGUCACUGGAGAUGAUGGCAGCGAAAGAGCCGGUGAAGGAGGGGGGAGGAGAUGUGUUGGGGAAGUUGAAGGAGGUUGCUGUGCCGAUGAAGAUAGGGCCUGGUGUGCUGCUUAACACGGUGUUUAAGCAGAUGUUUGAUGUCGGUGGGGGAUUGAGAGGGCCGCCAUGA